AUGGCGGAAGCCGAUGCUUUCAUCUUUGCGGCACUAAAACAAAGCAAAUGGCUAGAAGGUUCCUCUGAGUCCACGUCGUGGACAGUAUCAGAUCUCUCGUCGGAUGAAUUCAUUGUCCUAGUCCUUAAGUUUGUAGCAAGACUACAAGAUGUUGAUGGUAAUAAGAGCCUGGAUCCUGUCGUACCAGCCGUUACGGCUCCUGUUGGCGUUGCUGCGAGGCAUCGCGUGGGCUCAAAACUUGCUAAUACCCUCAAGGAACUGGGAUAUGCUGGGGAAUGUGGAUACAAUCACUUUUUGUAUCCAAACGAAAAAGAGACAAGAAAUAUUUUAUCAUGGCUGGUUGGGAAAUUGCCAAGGUCCGAGGUGGGAGAAAAUGAAAAUAACGACAGCAAAAGCGACGUUCUGGACACAAUGGGAAAGUUAUCAAAUGCAACAGGCUGGCAAAAAAACUUGGUACUAGAUAGCGAGCAGCUGAGCAACAUUUUCUUGAGCUGGAAACGGGAAAAGACGCUGCCUAUGCUACCAAACCAGAAUGUCAAGGGGCUGAAAGGGUUUCAACGACUACCUUUGCAGACUUCUCCGCUUGAAUUACCGUGGAGUCGAUUAGGCAAAACAACACGCAACAUGUUUGAAGGGUUUCCGGAAGGCUCUGUGAAGAUAACGUCGCUUUUGGAGGCACUAUCGGUAGCAAAACGUAGCAACACGAUACUGCUUCGGGAAGAUGACUUGGAGGAAGAGAUUGAGAGUGUCGGCAUUGAGCCAAACGAGAAGAAAGAUGAUGGUGUGUUGAAGGGUGAUGGGCAAGUUGCUGGAGAAAAUGGCUCUUUUGCUUUACAAGGAGCACAGAACGAGGAUGAUGACUUUGCUGCUAUUCAGCCGCAAUCAUUCGUAGCGACUGCGCUCCCAGACGUGCCAACCUCGCUUGAUAGUUCAUCAUCUACAGGUUUGUUUGUCACAGAAAGUCUAUCGGUGGAAUCAACAGGGUUCAGUAACGUUGAUACAAGUGAAAGAGAACAGAAGAGGGGCACGGAGGAUUUAAAAGGAGACAAGGAGCAGUCUAUUGAAACACUGCAAAAGGAAUUGCAUGAUACAGAGCGCCGUAUUGCUGCGAUGCGAAAAGUGCUAGAUCAUGAACGUGGUGAGCUGCAUCAGGUUGAGCAACACAUUAUUGAAGCGCAAAGCACGGGGCAGUUAAUGCAAAAACAACUCGCUAGGCAAAAGCAGGUGGUAGCAAUGCUUCCUCAGGCACAAUCGAACAUUGCAAAGCUGGAGGAAAUUUGCAAGACGAGCGCAGUAAAGAAGGAUGCAAUAGCACGACAGACGGAAGUCGCACGGGAGCCUUUACUUCAAGAGUAUGCUGAGCUAAAAGGUCAGAAGUCGAGGCGAAAGGCCCGGUGCCGACAACUUGUUCGCGAAAUCAAGGCCUUUCGAACAGAAAUGCAGGAACUCACAAGUGUCAUUUAUUCAAAGUUGGAGCGUAUGCAAGCACUUGAAAAGGUGCAAGAGCGGCAGAUGGAAAAGCUUAACAAGCAGAAGGACAUGACAAGGGGUCCUAUGACGCGCAACAUGUACACGUCGCGCAUCAUGGAUAUUACCAAGCAGGUAUACAAGCAAAGGCAGGAUAUUGCUAAGAUUCUGGAAGACAUCAAGGGACUUCAAAAGCAAUUGAAUGCUGCGUCAGAGAAGCUCAAGCGGACUGAAGCAGUAGCUGAAGAAAAAUUGUACGGUGCAGCGAGCAAGAGUAAAAAUGCCGGUAGCACAAAGACUGAAGCUUAUGUCGAGUGCUACCGCAAGUUUGCACAAUUGCGCGAGUUAUUCGAAGAGCUCAUUGCAGUUAUUACUGAUCUUGGAAAAAAAGAGAAUGCAGCUCGUGAUCUGCGUAAUUCAAUUUCUCAGCUGGAGGCACGGGAGAGCAGCAAUCAUUUGGACAAGGUACUUGCAGAUCUUGACAGUGUACGGAAAGAGAAUGGUACUCUUCAAAACGAGCUGCGAACACGUCUGUCGUGCUAG